GCCGGUCCUUGCGUAGCUGCGCUUUCGCCGGCGGCAGAGCCCUGCGGGGGGUUGUGGAGCACCGCUAAGCGGCGCCGCCUCCGCCAUGCUGGCCGGCUGGAGGGGGGUGGCGCGGACCGCCGUGAGCGGCCUGGGCUGGGCCAGCGGCUGCGGCGCCAAGCGAUGGGUCAGCACCACCAGCUGGUCCCCGGUGGGCGCUGCCUUCAAUGCCCGGCACCAGCCGCAGCACCACCGGUGGGAGCUGGGGAGGAAAACGGGUCUGUUUGGUGUUCCAGAGUUGAGUUGUCCAGAGGGAUUUCAAGAAGCUCAAGAAAAAUCAUUGCAAGAAACAGAACGACUAGUAAAGAAAGCAUGUGCUGCUCCUCCUGGGCCAGAGAUAGUAAUGAUCUUUGAUCAGCUCUCAGAUUCCUUGUGUAGAGUUGCUGAUCUAGCUGACUUUGUGAAAAUUGCUCAUCCUAAUCUUGCUUUCAGAGAAGCUGCAGAAGAUGCCUGCAGAAACAUUGGCACUAUGGUAGAAAAGUAUGUUUUAUUUAUUGUGUCACUUUAUGGGACAAAACAACAGUGUAACAAUUUUUUUCCCCUAAUGGGAUUUUAUUCUUUUAGACGAGUGGCAGAACUUUUCCUGUUUGAUUUUGAGAUCAGUGGUAUUCACUUGGAUGAAGAAAAGCGCAAGAAGGCAGUCAAUCUCAAUGUCAAAAUCCUGGACUUAUGUAAUGAAUUUCUCAUGGGAUCACACCUUCCAAAUAGAAUUGAUAAACAUGUCUUACCAGAACAUAUUCGUCAUAACUUCACAGUUGAAGGCAACUACAUCCAAAUAGGUGGUCUCAAUGCAGACAGUCCAGAUGAUCUGGUACGGGAAGUGGCGUACAAGGUUUUUCUGUUCCCAAACGCUCAGCAGUUGCACUGUUUAGAGGAACUGCUUACUAGCAGAAACCUUCUGGCCCAGUUGGUUGGCUAUGACACCUUUGCUCACCGGGCUCUUCAGGGCACAAUGGCCAAAACCCCAGAGAAAGUAAUGCAAUUUCUUGUAAAGCUUUCAGAUAAAUUAUUCCAACGAACUCUAGAUGAUUUUGAAAUGAUGAACGGCAUGAAAAUGAAACUAAAUCCUAUGAAAUCAGAACUAAUGCCUUGGGAUCACCCAUACUACAGUGGUGUCCUGCGUGCUGAGAGAUAUAAUAUUGAACCCAGCCUGUAUUGCCCCUUUUUCUCCCUCGGAGCAUGCAUGGAAGGUCUCAACAUGUUGUUCAAUAAACUCUUAGGAAUCUCCCUGUAUGCCGAGCAGCCUGAGAAAGGAGAAGUGUGGAGUGAGGAUGUCCGCAAACUGGCAGUUGUCCAUGAACAGGAAGGGUUAUUGGGGUAUAUCUACUGUGAUUUCUUCCAAAGACCAGACAAGCCUCAUCAGGAUUGCCAUUUUACAAUUCGUGGAGGCAGGUUAAAAGAAAAUGGCGAAUACCAACUUCCUGUUGUUGUCCUGAUGCUCAGCUUGCCCCAUUCCACUAGGGGUUCACCAACACUACUAACUCCUGGCAUGAUGGAAAACCUCUUCCAUGAAAUGGGACAUGCCAUGCAUUCUAUGUUGGGAAGGACUCGAUAUCAGCAUGUCACUGGGACAAGGUGUUCUACCGACUUUGCUGAAGUUCCCUCUAUCUUGAUGGAGUAUUUUGCAAACGAUUACCGAGUGGUGAACCAGUUUGCAAGGCACUAUGAAACGGGUCAGCCGCUGCCCAAACACAUGGUAUCAAGACUCUGUGAAUCUAAAAAAGUUUGUGCUGCUGCUGAUAUGCAACUUCAGGUCUUUUACGCUGUCUUGGACCAGAUAUACCAUGGGAAACAUCCACUAGGAAAGUCAACCACAGACGUUUUAAAGGAAACGCAAGAGAAAUUCUAUGGAUUGCCAUACGUUCCUAAUACUGCUUGGCAGCUCAGAUUCAGCCAUCUUGUGGGUUACGGUGCCAAGUAUUAUUCCUACCUCAUGUCUAGGGCUGUGGCAUCCAUGGUGUGGAGACAGUGUUUUGUGCAGGAUCCCUUUAACAGGGCAAUGGGUGAACGUUAUCGCAGAGAGAUGCUGGCACAUGGUGGUGGAAAGGAGCCCAUGCUCAUGGUUCAAGGUAUGCUUCAAAAGUGUCCAUCAGUUGACGACUUUGUGGAUGCCCUUGUUUCAGACUUGGAUCAGGACUUUGAAACAUUCUUUAUGGAUUCUGAAUAAUGCGGAAGUGAAUUUUUCAGAUGGAUGAUUUCUUUUUUCCCCUUUUUUUACAUAUAUUAUAAAUGGUGUACAUAGAACUGCCGUAGCUCCCAUUGACAUCUCUUAAAUGAGUGUGGAGAUGCUUGUGUAUAAUAAACAGUGUGUUUUGAGGGAGAAAUGCAUUUUAAUUCAGGGAAUCCCAGUUAGGUUUUGAAAUAGACACACUGUGGACAAAUAUAGAGAACGAAGAGAUCUGUAGAUUAAGGCGGCCAACCGGCUGGGAAGAAAUGUCCUGAUCGGCUCCUGGGCUUGUAACAGCAGCUGGAUAUUAGGAUGAGAUUCCUUCAGCCCUGACCCACGUGGGAUUCAGUCUUUCUCUGCCAUAGACUCGCUCCAAUGAGAUCUUCUAUUGAAUUUCGAGAAACUUCAGGGAGCAAAAGCCAAGUAGUAAAGAGAGCACAUUCUUCACCACCACCGAAGAAAAAAAUCCUUGUUUCCCCUCAUUUUGCAGCAUCAAUGGACACCAGAGACAUCAGGGGAAAUUUUUUCAAUGUGAUUUUGGGGGCACAUUUCCAUAAUUGCAAAAUUCAGGAAUUCUUGAAAAAUCACACCCAGGUAUUUAUUAAAGUUUCUAUGUUUACCAAACAUAGGAGGAAAAAACUUAGGUCCCUGGGUAUGCAUUUCUGCAUUUCAGGGACCACUGAAAAAGUGUGCACAAGUCUUCAUUACUGCUCUCUAAUGUGAAAUGAGGAGAUUCUCUAGUGCGGUAGUUUAAAAUAUUGUAUUACUGUACCUAUCUGCAAAGAUUGUCUAAAGGGAUAUAUUUUAGUGUCCUGUCAGACAACCUCCCGAUUUUGCGUCUGAGAACCUUAAGAAAGCAGUUUAGAGGAAACCGCUCUCCCCCCUCCCUUGGAUCAGGAUCCCUCUUGAAAUUUCAGCCCCAGUGGCUGCAUUUGGCACACAGGGAAAAAAGACUAUUAAAAAGGUCAUGAAAUUACACAUAUAGUUCUGUAUGCACUGCAACUACUGCUCUCUCUUUCCAAUCCUUCCAAUUUACAAUUGCUGCGGGUAGUCCUCCACUAUCUCCCCAGGGGGUACCCCAAGUGGCUUACAUCACUCUCCCCUCCUCUGUUUUAUCCUCACAACAACUCUGUGAGG